GCCUCUGAUGUUGGUGCCACGAUGAAAUUAUCUUGUAUGUAUGCAUAUGCCAGCAAAUUGCCUGAAAAUCAUCGAUUCUGGGCCAAAGUUCGAUUGAUGAAGAAAAAUGGCACGAGUGGUGCUACGCUUGACGAGCAGAAACAAAUCAACUCUGAUCGUGAACCGUAUAUGCAGUUUACAAUGUCGGCAAACGAUAUAAAAGACCCAAAAGAUCUUUACAUUGACAUAAAGCACAACUGUGUCAAAAACCACACAACGAUGUAUCGUGUUAAAGACGUUGAUGUCGAGAUGGACAGCAAUAAUCCCACAGUCAAGGAUGUGGGUACAAUAUUUUUGCCUUGAUAAGAAAAAUUACGAUUGUGUAAAUACUUUAUUAGGCUUGAUGUG